UUUCUUUCCUUUUUCCUUCUUUUUUAUAUUAUUAUUAUUCCUCUUAGCAUGAAUGACCAUCGUCAAUUGAAUACGCCGUCACCUGUUGUGUUUCCAUCCGCAUCUCCAACGCCUAAAUUGUAUAGUACGCCCUCAAAAAAACUACCCAAUGUGAAAUCAUGGCAAGAAAUCGGAGUUGAUUCCGUGCCUCAUAUCAUAUAUAGAAGAAGACUUUCUGGCUUCCAUUAUCUCAUCUGGAUCAUCUCAUGAACCACCCAUUGUUGGAAGUCCAUGUACGCCAACUGUGAUGGAUGAUCCUGUUGUGGAAAGAAGACACGCUUCUCAUGCAUCAAAAUUUGGCUCAUUUCUGUCUCGCGUAAAGAAAGUGACUUCUGGAAAGUCUUUAAAAAAUAGAACGCGCUAGACUCUUUUUAGAGUUGAAUAAUAAACAAUUCAAUUCUUUGUUUUUCUCUC